UGAGAGAGUUUGGGUUGGGAAUGUCGAAGAGGAGGGACUUUUUAUCGUGUUACAAACUCGCUCACCGGAGAGCAGUACCUGCUGUUAACUGGGAGGUAGUACAACUUCUACACCUGUUGUAGCAGAGGUUGCUUGUGCUUCUGAAUCGGUAAAGGGAAAUGAACUUUUGAUGCUGCGGUUUGUUUUUCUGUUCAGGAAAGAGUCCGUAAAUUGACAAAAAGCUGAAUGAGCACGCUAGGUCGAGAUUUCUUGUUCUAGUGUUGGCUGAAGUGUUUGAAACAUCGAGAAAAAAGAAAUCAAGGAUAAAGGGAUGUCUGUUUGAUGGUGCAAAUUUGGGUUUUUCACCAUGCGUCUGGUUGUUAAAUGGCUAAAAGGAUGUAGCAGUGACUCGUCUUAAGUAAUGUCAAAAUAAUUAUUCCUGUCUGGCUCUUCAGAAAUGGAUUAUAUCAUGACAGCAAAGCCUGUAUUAAAUGACAUUGGAAGGAAUGGGAGCUCUGAGAGUCGUGGAAGUAGUCUGAGGUCUAGGAGUUCGUCUUAUGAUGAUGAGAGCUUAAAUUUUCUAACACAUGAAGAGAAAGAUGUUCUCAUGUUCUUUGAAGAAACCCUUGAUUCCUUCGAAGAUGAGGAAAAGGAAGAAGGCAUCACAGACUAUAAUGAUAAUUCUGUUGCACAUUUUGCUGUGCCUAGACUCGUUGAAGAAAAUGGUCUAAAUCACUAUGACAAUGAAGAUAUCAUUGACUUGGUACAGUCAAAGACCGUGUACAGCACGGACAGAGUGCCAUAUGAUAAUAUAUUACCAGCAGACCAUGAGAAGACCUUGGAAGUGAAGACAUUAGAUGAUGAGACACUUGCAGUGAUUUCUGAUGUCAGCCUCUUACAUGAAAUUGAUGGAAACAUACGAGUGAUUUCUCCUAUCCGGGAUAUUACUGUGCCUCCAGAUGAUGUAAAGACUGUUGAGACAGUUAUACCUAAAAACAAUGAAAACCAUUUGCCAGAGUCUGGCUUAGAUCAGCCAAAGCCCGAUCUUGGCCAAAAUUUAGGUUUUGUUCCUACACCUGUUGUUGUUGCUCAGAAAUGGACAGAAAAACAAAAUGAAAAGCCUUCUUCACAAGUCUUGUCUAAAAUUCAGAAGGGAAAUGAAUAUACCUUUUUACAUCCAACUUUUCACCCGCAUGCUCUGUCACACGGCAGAGACUUUUCAUUCAGACACGGUCCUCAGUCUCCUCCCAAAAUACACCGCUUCCCAGAGAACAUUAAUGUCACAGUUACUGGGAAGGAAUAUAAUAAAACUAUUGCAAAAGCAGCUGUAAGGGUUCAAGAACGCAGAGCCCAGAUGCUGGCAAAUCUAAAUGGAGCAGCUUUUCUGUCACCUGAAUUGGAUGAAAAGGCACAUAGCAGCAUGGUCGAUGGCCGGGUUAGAAGUGCCUCCUUUAGAGAUCAAGCAGCUGAUUACUCCAGGCAUGGAGCCUCAUCAAAUCCUGGCUUGGCAACGGAAGCCACUUCCUCACCAGAUAUUAGUAAUCACAUUCCAAUCAGCAGUACACCAAAGGCUACUCCUCCCAACCAUUUUCGACCAAAUGGCCAUGAAUCUGUGAACAACAAUCGUGAGAAUCUCAGCACUCCAAUAAAAUGCGCUUCAGAUGCUUCCUUGUCUACAGCCAAAUCGGUAGUAUUUAAACCAGACCCAGAUUCAGCACAAAACAAAAUUUCUCGUUCAACAACAGCUCAGAGUAUUUAUGCUAGGAGUCCCAUUUCUUCUAAAGAUAGUCAGCGAGCAUGCUCUUUGCCAAGGCAGCCAACUGGACUUAGGCCACAAGGGAUCACAGUUCAGUUUUCAGGUCGAGGGGCAUCUGAAGAAUCUAGAAAGGAAGCAUUAAGGAAACUUGGUCUGCUGAAGAGCUCAUAGUCCUUCAGUAUGAGGUCCACGCGUUCCUUUGUUGCAUGCAAGCAAAUGCUGCUGUAGUCAUUGUUGUUUUCAGAGCAGCUUGACUGGUUGAUGUCUUUUAACUAAAAUGUACUCAUAAUUUCAUUUAGAGUAACUUUUAUGGAUUUGCUUGUAGUGCCCCCUUAUUCAUUUAAGUUGCAGUCAUUCUGGAAGUAGGAACUGUCAUUCCCUGUUCUGUAAGUAUAUAGUACAAGUAUUUUUUCUUUGUUCCAGUGUAGUUUAGGACAUAUACUAUGCAGUACUAUGUCAUUUCACAUUGGAUUAUCAUCCUGUGUACUUCAGGUUGCAUUUGUUUGAAGAUUUUUUUUUCUGUGCUGUUUUGGACAGGACAGUACCACAUCAUUUCUGACUGGCAUGCUCAUGCACAAUACACGUGUUUUGUAUGUAACUGAGAUACAGGGCUCAGAGAUGUCUUUCACUUCAUGCUGGUGCAUGUCAGUAAAGUGAUUCAUGUGCACAGUGCCACAGUUGGGGGGGUAUGUACAUGACCGGUGGGUUGCCUGAAGAACCAAGUAUUCACUGGUCAAAACAUACGUUGUUGCCAAGUCUCUAAAUGAAUUUAUUGCCCUCCAUAGUGUGUAUCUUGCCUUGUUUUACAUUAUGCAGUGCAAUGCUUCUGCUUGUGUUAAGAACUGGAAACAAAAAAUAGCCAAAAAAUGGGUAGAGACUUUCAAAUGUUGGCACAGCAUUGAGUGACAUUCCAGAUAUUAACUGAGUUAAUGCAUAGACGUAAGUCUACUGCCUUAUCACAGCCAUUUUUACAAUAGUGCUUUGAUAUGCUGUUGGAAUGCUUUCCAGUGUUUAGUAUGCAGUCCACACAAAGUGGCAUCAUCUUUAGUUAAAAUUAAAAAAAGGGUUAAAUGCCUCCGUUUCAAGCUUUUGGAGCUGUACCAAGUUAUCCUGGUUAAGUACUGAAAAAUGCAUGUUGCUGAGAAUGAGUAACCUUUGGGGAAAAUUAAUCCAAACUCCUUGUGCUAUUUUUAAACAUUAAUGUGACCAUUGCAGAUUUAUUAAACAAGUGAUAAUGUAUGUAAGGUUGCAAUGUAGUUAUAGCCAAAAGAACAAAAGAAAAAACUGUGAUGGAUACUUGUG